AUUAAUAUUACAUUGAUACACAGCUUACUCCUUUAUCUUAAACAGAUAUCAACGAAUGCUCGAGUAACCCGUGCAAAAAUGGUGGUGCGUGUAAAGAUCUUGUUAACAAAUACGAAUGUACAUGCGUUGCUGGGUACAACGGCCCUAACUGUGACAUUGAUAUCAACGAAUGCUCGAGCAAUCCUUGCAAGAAUGGUGGAAUCUGUAAGGAUCUUGUAAACGAAUAUGAAUGUACAUGUGUUGCUGGAUAUGACGGAAUGAACUGUGAAAAUGAUAUCAAUGAAUGCUCGAGCAAUCCUUGCAAGAAUGGUGGAAUAUGUAAGGAUCUUGUAAACGAAUAUGAAUGUACAUGUGUUGCUGGAUAUGACGGAAUGAACUGUGAAAAUGAUAUAAAUGAAUGCUUGAGUAACCCGUGCAAACAUGGUAGUACAUGUAAAGAUCUUGUAAACAAAUACGAAUGUACAUGCGUUGCUGGGUAUAACGGACUUAACUGUAACAUUGAUAUUAAUGAAUGCUCGAGCAACCCCUGUAAAAAUGGUGGAACAUGUAAGGAUCUUGUUAAUAGAUACGAAUGUACAUGUGUUGCUGGAUUUGAUGGCAUAAACUGCAAAAAUAAUAUAAAUGAGUGUUCACCUGACCCAUGUAAAAAUGGUGGUACCUGUAAGGAUCUUGUCAAUGAAUAUAAAUGUACAUGUGUUGCUGGAUAUGACGGAAAGAAUUGUGAUAUUAAUGUAAAUGAUUGUUCACCAAACCCCUGUAAGAAUGGUGCUACGUGUCAGGAUCUUGUCAAUGGCUAUAAAUGUACAUGUGUUGCUGGAUAUGACGGGACCGACUGUGAAAAUGAUAUAAAUGAUUGCUCCCCAAAUCCAUGUAAGCAUAGUGGAACAUGUAAGGAUCUUGUUAAUGGAUACGAAUGUACAUGUGCUUCUGGAUAUGAUGGAACAAAUUGUGACAAUGAUAUAAAUGAUUGUUCACCAAACCCAUGCCAGAAUGGCGGAUUAUGUAAAGAUCUCAUCAAUGGCUAUGAAUGUGAAUGUGUUACUGGUUAUAAUGGACCUAAUUGUGAAACUGAAAUCAAGACAACAACCAAAUCACCUAAUCAAAAAUUGGCACGAGCUUCUGUCACCAUGAUAUUUCCAGUCCAGUCAAAUUUCAAUGUUACAGAUCCAAAAUUAAAAGAUGAUGUAAAAAAUCAGCUGACGACAAUAUACAGGGAUAAUAUGGGAGAAACAUUGAAAGAUUUAGUAAUAAAAAGCAUAAGUAAAGGAAGUUUGGUGGUUGAUUUUGAGUUGAUUUAUGCCAACGAUACAUCAGCUGCUUCAACUAAGAUAACCGAGGUCAAUAUUGCUCUGCUAAGUGGGGGAGAAAUCAUAAAAGUAUUAAAUGAAACUGUUUCUGCAACGUCCUUAAAACUUAAUGAUGUAACAGUAACAAACAUUUCAUUAUCAGAUGAUAAAUAUAUAUGUAAAAUGUUUGAAGCCCUUAGUGGAAUGUGCCCUUCAAAUCAACAUUGUUCUAUAGUGGACAGACAACCAUCUUGUGUGUUGAAUGAAGCAGAAGAAAGCACUGACUUGAUGCUUGUGAUUGUUGUUGUUGUUUGUGCAAUAGCUGCCCCAAUCAUCAUUUUACUUGUUAUCUGCCUGACAAUUCGUAAGUUACGAAACAGUAACAAGUUGAAGCAUAACAACCGCACAGAUAAAAGUCAUCCAGG